GCGACACCGGAAGUCAAAAGUGCUAUUCGAACCGAGGUUGCUGUGCGGCAGGGGAAGAUAUGAGGACAAAGAGACAAAAAGACGCUGCUUGAAUACUGGUAGCCAUAUAAUUAAAUUAGCAUUCACCCUCUUUUACGUCUGUGGAACCAGUUUUAAUCGAGAAACGUCCUAGAGCUCUUUAGCCGAUCGUGUUUUCCCUCCUAGCUAGCUAUGUUGUACAGAAAACACGACGGUGAGCGUCAGCUAGCAGCGGCAGAGCUCAUGUCUGUCACAACCGGCUUCCUCACGUUUAGUCCGGCGCACCAGUGACCAUGGAUGUCCGAGCAGUGCUGGAGUUCGCCACAGUCACCAGAGGUCUCUCUCUGUUUCUGCAGGCUGUCUUGAAUGCUGCCAUCCCUGACCAUGAAGCUGAUGCGUUCAGGCCCCCUCGGACAGAGGAGCCCCUGUACUUGGACUCAGUGGUGGAGUGGUUGCUGGGUGGCCUCUCUCACUGGGACGCUGAGCAUUUCCUCUUCAUCGCCGAAAAAGGAUACCUCUACGAGCACAACUUUGCAUUUUUCCCCCUCUUCCCCAUCGUCCUCCGAGGCCUGGCCGAGACGCUGCUGUGGCCCAUGAGCAGCUGGCUGAGCGUGAGGGGGCGGCUGCUGGUGGCGGUGGCUCUGGCCAACAGCGCCCUCUUCCUGCUGAGUGUAGUGGCCCUGCACGCGCUCAGUAGGCUCGUUCUGCAGGACAGGCGCCUCGCUCUGCUCUCCAGCCUGCUCUACUGCAUCACGCCCGCCAAUGUUUUCAUGACUGCUGGAUACUCAGAGAGCCUGUUUGCUGCUCUCACUUUUGGCGGCCUGUUCCUCCUGGAGAAAGGAUUCACCUUCCGAGCCUGCCUGGCCCUCAGCAUCGCCACUGCAGCACGAUCCAACGGACUUGUCAACAUUGGGUUUCUACUGUAUCUUCCAUCACUGCACGCCAUCUCCCAGAUUCGUGUAUAUCGUGCGACGACGAAAGGCCACACUAAAGUCUUCCACUAUAUCUGGGUCAUCAUCUGUCUCCUUCUCACCUCCCUCUUGGGAACCGCAAUUAUUGCCCUCCCAUUCUGUGCUUUCCAGUACUAUGGCUACAGGACGUUUUGCACACCGUCCACCUCCUUGGAGCGGAUCUCACCUGCUCUUCUGUCGCUGGCUGAACGGAAGGGCUACCGGGUUCCUGACGAAAAUGGUCCGCCGCCCCUCUGGUGUAUGAGACCUCUCCCGCUGCUUUAUUCUCAUAUCCAGGAUGUGUACUGGGACGUGGGCUUCCUCCGUUACUUUGAACUGAAGCAGAUACCAAACUUUAUCCUGGCUCUGCCUAUGGCCACCCUUGGCAUAAUGGCUGCUUAUGCAUAUUUUCAAGCUAACCCAGAACUGUGCAUGAGACUUGGACUUUGGGAGACGAAUGCAAACAGAGGACUUGACAAACCAACGCCGGGAUUCUUCAACCCCAGGGUGUUUGUGUAUGUUGUACAUUCUGCGGUGCUCCUUGUGUUUGGAACGUUGUGCAUGCAUGUACAGGUUCUAACCAGAUUUAUGGCCUCCUCGUCUCCUGUGCCCUUCUGGAUCAGUGCUCACCUGCUCCUCCUCAACGAGCCCCUUCUUCAUCGAAGGAAAACAUCUAACCCCAAUGUACAGAUGCAGAGCCAUUCCAGAAAUGGUUGUAAGCACACACCUCAAAAUCCCAUCGUUGCACUGCUGCCACAUUUUAAAGCCUGUUCUCCCACCACACAGAGCAUUCUGGGAUACUACCUCUCUUACUGGGUACUGGGCCUUGCACUGCAUUGUAAUUUCUUGCCAUGGACUUGAAUUAAGGCACUAUUCAAAGGUUUAAAUGCCAUAUUUCUAUGUAGGACUGGGUUAUAUGGCAUCAUUUUUGAAAUUAUAUGAUAAAAUUUUUAUAGCCCCACCAUUUUCUCUUAUUCCAGUAAUAAUAAACUCUUAAUUACAGUAAAAACACAAAGGACUCGCAGUUGAAAUAAAUGUAUACAUGAAUACAUCAUUUCAUCUUCAUUUAAAAAAAAAAAACUAAACUCACUACUGUAGAAAAACAAAUCCAAAGCAAAGUAAAAAAACAGUUCAAUUUCUCAUACUAUUGUCCGAUCCUACAUAGACUUUAUAAUGCAGGAUUACAUUUUUGAAGCUAAUUUAUUCACAAGGAGUGAAAAAAUUUGAUUUGUAUAUUUUAGUCAGAUGUGUUUGUUGUUAUUUGAGAACAAACUCAAAUGUACAAAACACCUGAAACUCUGCUCAACUCUGUUCGGUUGUAAAUUUUGGGAAGACUGUGGUUGUACUUGAAAAGAAAAAUAUUAAUAUUUUUAUUUCUUGCAGAAGUUUAGAAUUUUUAUUUACUCAAUUUACUGCACUGCACUGCAUGUUUGAAAUAAAAAAAAAUCCAGUUAUAGCUUGGGACUUUUAAAUGAGAAUGGGGGAAAAAAAAGAACCUCAAAGAGCCUCAUUUUAUUUCCUCAACUUUUAGUUUUUUUUAAUGUAAAGAUAAUUGUUCUUUCUUGAGGCACUGAUGUUAAACUUCAUGUUGUGUUUCGUUGUAGAAGAAAUUUGUUGCCAAAGUUGAAAUGGUAAAUCAGACUUGAAUUUCAAAUUAAAGAAAAUGUCAAGUAAA